AUGCGUCUCGACAAAUUCCAAAAAGAACAACUCACCUUCGGCACCCCCACUCCAAUCCAACACUUAUCCCGCCUCUCCGCCUCCUUGGGCUCAAAAGUGCAAAUCUACGCAAAACGCGAAGACUGCAACUCCGGCCUCGCAUUCGGCGGCAACAAGACACGAAAACUCGAAUACGUAAUCCCCGAGGCCAUUCAGGGAGGCUAUGACACUCUCGUCAGCAUUGGCGGUAUCCAAUCCAAUCAAACCCGUCAAGUCGCCGCCGUAGCAGCAAAACUAGGCAUGAAAUGUGUGCUUGUGCAGGAAAAUUGGGUUAAUUAUAAGCAAGAUGAGCAGGGCGUUUAUGAUACAGUGGGGAAUAUAGAGUUGAGUAGAAUCAUGGGGGCGGAUGUUAGGUUGAACACUGCAGGUUUCGAUAUAGGAAUCAGACCUAGUUGGGAAGAAGCCAUGCAAUCCGUGCGCGACAAGGGAGGGAAACCAUAUCCCAUCCCAGCAGGUUGCUCAGAGCAUAAAUACGGAGGAUUGGGUUUUGUUGCUUUUGCGCUCGAGGUCAUGGAGCAAGAAAAAGAGUUGGGCUUUACGUUUGAUUACAUCGUUGUUUGUGCUGUUACUGGCAGUACAAUGGCGGGUAUGGUUGUAGGGUUUGCGAGUGAGGGGAGAGAAAGAUCGGUCAUUGGGAUUGAUGCCUCUGCAAAGCCUGAGAAAACUCAUGCGCAGAUCUUGCGUAUUGCUCAAAACACGGCUGAGCUCGUCGAACUUGGAAAACCCAUUACUGCUGACGACGUCAUUCUGGAUACGAGAUUUGGAGGCCCUGAGUAUGGGUUGCCUAAUGAAGGGACCAUGGAAGCUAUCAGGUUGGCUGCGAGAACAGAGGGUAUGCUUACGGAUCCUGUGUAUGAGGGUAAGAGUAUGGACGGCCUGAUCCAGAUGGUGAAGAAGGGAGAGUUCCCAGAGGGCAGUAAGGUGCUUUAUGCGCAUCUUGGUGGUGCACCGGCUUUAAGUGCUUAUGCUAGUAUUUUCAAGGAAGGUUAG